AUUUCUCAGAGAGGAAAAGGGAAGUGGAGCUGCCUCGGCAGGGCAGCCAGCAACUCUCAGCGCUCACUGCGCUCUGCCCGGGCUUGGCUGUUCGUGUCGACUGCCCAGAGUCCACGAACUGCCCUGCCCUGCUCUGCCAGCCACGUGUCCCAACAACGUUCUCAUCCUCCCAGCCCGCACACCAUGGCCUACCACAGCUUCCUGCUGGAGCCCAUCAGCUGCCAUGCCUGGAAUAAGGACCGGACCCAGAUCGCGCUGUGCCCCAAUAACCACGAGGUGCACAUCUACCGCAAGGACGGGGCCAAGUGGAGCAAGGUGCACGAGCUGAAGGAGCACAACGGGCAGGUGACAGGCAUUGACUGGGCUCCUGAGAGCAACCGGCUGGUGACGUGCGGGACCGACCGCAAUGCCUACGUGUGGACCCUGAAGGGCAACGUCUGGAAACCCACCCUGGUCAUCCUGAGGAUCAACAGGGCCGCCCGCUGCGUUAAAUGGUCCCCCAAGGAGAACAAGUUUGCUGUGGGCAGCGGCUCCCGGCUCAUCUCCAUCUGCUACUUUGAGCAGGAGAAUGACUGGUGGGUGUGCAAGCACAUCAAGAAGCCCAUCCGCUCUACAGUGCUCAGCCUGGACUGGCAUCCCAACAACGUGCUGCUGGCCGCCGGCUCCUGCGACUUCAAGUGCCGGAUCUUCUCAGCCUACAUCAAGGAGGUGGAGGAGCGGCCCAGCCCCACGCCGUGGGGCUCCAAGAUGCCCUUUGGGGAGCUGAUGUUUGAGUCGAGCAGCAGCUGUGGGUGGGUGCACAGCAUCUGCUUCUCAGCCAGCGGCAACCGUGUGGCCUGGGUGAGCCACGACAGCACCCUCUGCCUCGCCGAUGCCAACAAGAAGAUGGCCGUUGCCUCCCUGUGCACUGAGACCCUUCCCCUCCUGGCCGUCACCUUCAUCACUGAGAGCAGCCUGGUGGCCGCGGGCCACGACUGCUACCCCAUGCUGUUCACCUAUGAAGAGGGCCCGGGCACACUGAGCUUUGGGGGGAAGCUGGACGUCCCCAAGCAGAGCUCCCAGCGCGGCCUCACUGCCCGCGAGCGCUUCCAGAACCUGGAUAAGAAGGCGAGCUCCGACACGGCCAACGCUGCGCUGGAUACAGUGCACAAGAACAGCAUCAGCCAGAUCUCCGUGCUGGCAGGGGGCAAAGCCAACUGCUCACAGUUCUGCACCACGGGGAUGGACGGCGGCAUGAGCAUCUGGGAUGUCAAGAGCCUGGAGUCGGCGCUGAAGGAUCUCAGGAUCAAAUGAAGGACACAGCCAGGAGGUCCCGGCUGCAGCUGCCCCUGCUCUGCUGCUCCACUGCUGCACCCCUUUGCCCCACGCUCCUGGCUGCCAGCCAGCCCUGGGCUGUUCUGACACAGAGAUAAAGGCGGCUGUUUUUUGGUUCCUUUUUUACUGUUUUUGUUACCAUCCUAACCGAUGCUGGUCAUACAUCGCUUUAUGAACUCAAUAAUAAAGUAGAGAUUUUCCCAUGUAAACUCAGUAUUUUUCUUCUUUUUUUUUCUCUUUUUUUUUUUUUAAAGCAUUUUAAUGUGAACACGUGUGAUUACAGCAUGUUGGCAGGGUUUAAUUGCAUGGGCUCAGGUUAACACAGCUCCUGGCAGCGCUCCUCCAUGCGAAGCAGCCCUUACACUGACCACAACCCCAGGAGGGAUCCUUGCUGGCAGCACUGGGAUGAUGACUUUCGAGUCACCCCGUGAUUCUGAGCUCUGGUCCAUUCUCCCAUAGUGGAGCUGCAUUCUAGGAAAUGCAGGAAGAGAUGUUGAUGUGUGACCCAGCAGCACACCUGAACCAGCCCCCUUUUCUCCCUUCCUCCCAUGCGUGGCCCCAGCCACCUCCUUUUGCUCCAAGGCUCACCCCAAAUUUCCACCUGACCCUCUGGCUCCACCUCAGUUCUUGAUAAAGCUGACAAUUGCUGGGAUCCCAACCACAAGGCACCAGAUUGCAGCACCUCCUGCCAGGGCAGCAGCACAGCGAUGGCUUUCUGACACACUGAGCUCAACAGCAGCCUGAAGGUAACUGUUUUCUCCUCUCUGCUAACCAGAUUGUGCAAGAUGUCCAUCAGACAACAGCAAGAAAGCUUUUUGCCUUGGGGCUGCAGCUGCUGUUAGGGCUCCUGAACCCUGAGCCAAACCCAACAUCGUAAACAGCAGAGAGAAGCAGCAAGGCAGCAGACACAAAAAUCACUGCGACACCACAUUGCUGCUGCACUGCGUGUUCCAGCAGUUCACUUACACGAGGCAAUGCUGAUAAUUUACAUUUUAAUCAGCCAAAUAUACAAGUUCUGUUGUUUUUCCUUUUCUUUUUUCAUUAACUUCAUCGAGGUGGGUUUGUUUUUUUU